AUGAGCAACCGCCUAAUGGCCACGGGCUCUUUGGCUUUCGUGCGCAAUGCGCUCACUUACGACAAUGCGCGAACACUUGCGCUUGUAUUAGUUGUGCUGCAUUACACGCGCAUCUGGGCGCGUACGGUGCGUGCGGAAGGGCUUGUUGGUGUCGCCAGGCACGCAUUCGUGCGUCUUUGCAAGAUUGCCUUGCGCAUCGCGCUUUUGCUGCCGAGCAACAGGCGUCGGAUGCAGCGCGAGAUGAACGAAGCCACGACAGAUCUUGAGAAGUCGCUCAUUCCGCACUCGACCGUCCCUAUUGUGCGCGAAAUCCCCGCGCACGGCAGGGACGUUGCAUGGAUCGACACACAGCUCACCGCUCUCCAGCGCCUCUCGAGCAAGGCUGACGAAGAAGACGGUACAGUACACUGGCGCGGUGGACAUGUCUCUGGCGCGGUGUACCACGGCGGGGAAGAUUUGUCCAAGUUGAUCAUGUCAUCCAUGGGGCGCUUCUUGCUCUCGAAUCCGCUGCACCCCGAAGUCUUCCCCGGCCUGCGCAAGAUGGAAGCCGAGGUCGUGUGUAUGGUACUGAACAUGUACAAUGCACCAGAUGGCGCUGCGGGUACUACCACAUCUGGCGGCACGGAAUCGAUCCUCAUGGCGUGCAAAACGAUGCGCGAUUGGGGCCGUGCCGAGCGCCAUAUUCGACACCCCGAAAUGGUGAUUCCCACCAGCGCGCACGUUGCGUUUGACAAGGCCGGCAAUUACUUUGGAAUCAAGGUCCGCCGCGUUCCUGUAGACCGGUUCACGCGCAAGGUAAGCAUCGACGCCAUGCGCCGUGCCAUCAACUCGAAUACCGUGCUCCUGGUCGGCAGCGCACCCAAUUUUCCUGACGGGAUGAUGGACGAUAUUGUUGCGAUUGCGACGCUUGCAAAGCACUACCGCAUUGGCUGCCACGUAGACUGCUGUCUCGGCUCUUUCAUCGUACCGUUCCUCGCCGCCGCAGGUUUUGUCACUGAGCCGUUCGACUUCCGCGUCGACGGCGUCACUUCCAUUUCCUGCGAUACACACAAGUAUGGAUUUGCACCCAAAGGCUCGUCCAUUGUCAUGUACCGCAGCAAGGAGCUGCGCCGUUUCCAGUACUAUGUAAACACCGAAUGGACUGGUGGUGUGUACGCAAGUCCGACGCUUGCCGGCUCGCGUCCAGGCGCACUCAUUGCAGGGACUUGGGCUACCAUGCUGGCUAUGGGGCAGGAUGGCUACACCGAGAGCUGUCGCUUGAUUGUCGGCGCUGCGAAAGAAAUUGAGCGCCGCGUUUGCACCGAGAUUCCCGAGCUGACCGUGCUUGGGAAACCACUUGUGAGCGUUGUGGCGAUUGCGAGUGCGGGCAACAUCAACAUCUACGAUGUCGGCGAUCAGAUGAGCAAGCGUGGGUGGCACCUUAAUGCACUGGCGGGCGAUAUACCAGCGUUCCAUAUCGCCGCGACGCGCCUUACCGUGCCGGCAGUGGACAAUUUUAUCAUAGACCUCAAGCUUUCCGUCGCACAAUCGCGGACUAGGCCUGCUCAGCCUGGCACGAUGGCGACGGUGUACGGUCUUGGAGCGACUACCGCUGUCGGCCCUAUGCUUGUGGGCGAAAUGGCCUCGCGCUUUAUCGAUACACUAUACAAGGUCGAAUAG